UUGAGUGAAGUGCGAGUCCAACAGAGAGAACGAAUGCGAGCAGUUGAGUGGGAUGCAAAUGAAGCAAUAAAACUGAACAUUGGAAGAAUAUUAGGAUUAAAAGACAAAAAGUUUCAAAAUGAACGUCAUGAGUCAAUGAAACGGGCUGCAAAAAAAGGAAUUCGUAGAGAGAGGACAGAACAUUAAGGAUGUGUUUUAUUUUUUAUUUUGGAGAGAAUGUCAACGUUGUUUUUCAAGUAGCUAAGAACAUUGCCAUUCAAAAGGAAAUGCAUCAGAAGGAGGCGACGCUGAUAUCUCCAAGGGGUCCUUAGACCUGAGGCUGCUGUCCUCCUGCCCCCCUCUGCCCUCUGCCCACACCCUCCUACCAACCUGGUCUCUUUUAAUGGUUGGCACUGGCCACCGCGGCCCUGAUUACUUCCCACACAGACACAGCCUGAUGAUCACUGGUGCCAUGGGAGCGGUGCGAGUCAACAGAUACAGCAUCGUAGCCACCGAUGAAGACCACUUCAAGAUCUCCACCCUGGGCCUCCACAACGGCCAUGGAGGCGGCAGCUCAUUAGCCCUGCGAGCAACGGAGCCUGUCCACAAUGGCCGCCAGAUCUCCACGGCGGGGCCCAACCAUGUCCGGAGCCGCUUUGUGAAGAAGAACGGCCAGUGCAACGUGGUUUUCCACAACAUGGAAGACAAGACGAAACACUACCUGGCCGACAUAUUUACCACCUGCGUGGACAUCCGCUGGCGCUACAUGCUGCUCCUUUUCACCUCUACCUUCCUUCUCUCCUGGUUCGUCUUCGGUGUGGUCUUCUGGGGCGUGGCCCUGGCCCAUGGGGACUUCGACCUUCGACCCGGCCUGGGAGAGGGGCCUCUGGCCAGCUUGGAGGGAGGAGGGGUGGAGUGGAAGCCCUGCAUCCUACACGUCCAGGGCUUCGUAGGGGCUUUUCUCUUCUCCAUAGAGACCCAGACCACCAUUGGGUACGGGUUCCGCUGCGUCACAGAGGAGUGUCCGGCGGCGGUGGCUACGGUGGUGGUCCAGUCCAUUGUGGGCUGCAUCAUCGACUCCUUCAUGAUCGGAACCAUCAUGGCCAAGAUGGUUCGACCUAAGAAGCGGGCGCAGACCUUGCUGUUCUCGCACCACGCGGUCAUCUCCAUGCGGGACGGGAAGCUGUGCCUGAUGUUUCGCCUGGGGAACAUGAGGAAAAGCCACAUCGUGGAGGCCCACGUCCGGGCGCAGCUCAUCCGGCCGCACGUCACUGCUGAGGGCGAGUACCUCCCCAUGGAGCAGACGGACAUCGACGUGGGCUACGACGAGGGCCUGGACCGCCUCUUCCUGGUGUCUCCGCUGGUCGUGGUCCACGAGAUCAACGAGAACAGCCCACUGUACUGUAUGAGCAGCGCCGACCUGGCGACGGAGGACUUUGAGAUCGUGGUGAUCCUGGAGGGGAUGGUGGAGGCCACGGCCAUGACCACCCAGGCCCGCUCCUCCUACCUGGCCAGGGAGAUCCUGUGGGGCCACCGCUUCGAGCCUGUUGUCUUCGAGAAGGAGCACCGCUACCAGGUGGACUACUCCCGCUUCCACAAGACCUAUGAGGUGCCGGCUACUCCACACUGCAGCGCCAGGGAGCUCCGGGAGAUGACGGGUCGAUCCCGCUCCCCCUCGUCCGCCUCCGGCUCCAGUUCUACCCGGUCAGUGUCCCCUCUCGGCCCCAAGUCCUCCGGCCUCCACCUCUUGCCUCCGCACUCCCCCAGCGCCUUCUGCUACGAGAACGAGGUGGCCCUGUGCUGCGGGGAGGAGGAGGAGGAGGAGGGGGAGGAGGUGGGGGAGAUGGGGGUGAUGCUGGGGGGGAGGGAUGAUGGGGAGGGGGAGGAGAGGGACGUACAGCUAGACAUUUUCCAGGAGAGGUUUCAGGACCAGGUAGCGGUGGACAUGAACAUGCUGUGUGUGCUGGACAUGGACAAUCAGAUUGACAGGCUGCAGCCGGCUAUAGCUCUUGAUGCGCUGGGCUUCAGGAGGGAAUCAGGAGUGUAG